AUGGCAAGAAUAAUUGUGAGAAAAAUUCGAAUUCAGAUGGUCAAAAUCUUGCUUCCAUUUGAAGCUCAAGAUUUUAUAAAUAAUGACUGGUGGAUCGGGAGGCUGGUGAAGGAGGGGGCAGAUAUUGCCUUCAUCCCCAGCCCUGUUAAACUGGAGGCCAUGCGGAUCAAGCAGGAACAGAAAGCAGCUCAGAGGAAAAUGGGAGGAAAUGCUUCAUCUGGUGGCUGGAGGUCUACUCCUCCUUCUGCAGCCAAACAGAAGCAGAAGCAGACAGAGCACGUUCCACCCUAUGAUGUAGUUCCAUCCAUGAGGCCUGUUGUUCUGGUUGGCCCCUCGCUGAAAGGCUAUGAGGUGACUGAUAUGAUGCAGAAAGCCUUGUUUGACUUCCUGAAACACAGGUUUGAUGGGAGGAUUUCUAUCACACGGGUGACUGCA